AUGGGGUGGUCCGCGGGGCUGUGGUGGCUCGUGGCGGCGGUGUCGGUGGCGGCGGCGGCGGCGGAGGGUGAGGUCGCGGCCGUCGCGGCGGCGCCGAGGCGGCACGCGUACGCGUCCAUGAUGUACAUGGGCACGCCACGGGACUACGAGUUCUACGUCGCCACGCGCGUCAUGAUGCGGUCCCUGCGCCGGCUCAGCGCCGACGCCGACCGCGUCGUGAUCGCGUCCCUCGACGUCCCGCCGCUCUGGGUCCAGGCGCUGAAAGAUGAUGGUGUAAAGGUGGUCUCUGUGGAGAAUUUGAAAAAUCCUUACGAGAAACAAGAAAAUUUCAACAUGCGAUUCAAGUUGACUUUAAACAAGCUGUAUGCAUGGAGCUUGGUUUCGUAUGAGCGAGUUGUUAUGCUUGACUCUGACAACAUUUUCCUCCAAAAUACUGAUGAGUUAUUUCAGUGUGGUCAGUUCUGUGCUGUCUUCAUCAAUCCCUGCAUCUUCCAUACAGGUCUCUUUGUGCUUCAGCCCUCAAUGGACGUUUUUAAGAACAUGCUACAUGAGCUAGCGGUUGGACGUGAAAACCCAGAUGGUGCAGACCAAGGCUUCCUUGCUAGUUAUUUCCCAGACUUGCUUGAUCAGCCAAUGUUCCAUCCACCAGCUAAUGGUACAAAACUUCAGGAUCUGAAGCUUCGCUGGAGUAUUCCAUGUGGACCGAACAGUGUGAUUACAUUUCCGAGUGCUCCAUGGUUUAAGCCAUGGUACUGGUGGUCUUGGCCAGUUUUACCUUUGGGGCUCUCUUGGCAUGAACAACGUCGUGAAAACCUAGGGUAUUCAUCGGAGAUACCAGUAGUAUUAAUUCAGGCUGUACUGUACAUUGGAGUCAUAGCAGUGACCCGACUGGCGCGGCCUAGCUUGUCCAAGAUGUACUACAACCGAAGAAUGGAGAAAAACACUAUGUUCUUGCUCUCCCUUCUGAGAGUAGCGGCAGCUUGGUCCAUACUUGCUGCCUACACCAUACCCUUCUUCAUCAUCCCAAGGACCGUCCAUCCACUGCUUGGCUGGCCUCUCUACUUGCUUGGUUCUUUCUCUCUUUCUUCCAUUGUGAUCAACGUUUUCCUCCUCCACCCGAUGACUGUCCUCACAACAUGGUUUGGAUUCAUCGGUGCGCUAUUGGUGAUGGCCUUCCCUUGGUAUCUAAAUGGUGUUGUCAGGGCAUUGGCAGUGUUUGCGUAUGCGUUCUGCUGCGCACCCUUGAUCUGGGCAUCUUUGGUCAAGACAAUGAGCUCCUUGCAUGUCCUGAUCGAGAGGGAUGCAUUCAGGCUCGGAGAACCUAACCAGAACGCCGAGUUCACAAAGCUAUACUGA